GGAAGCGCGGGAGUCUCGAUUUGUGCGGCUUCGCCGAGACACCUGUGGAUGCGCUCCCUCCCGGUAGAGGCUUCGUUCCCCGCAGCCAUUACGGCCUUCGCAGGCGAAAUGGCUCCGGGUGGCAAUGGAGGGGCCGCCGCACGCAGAGGCUGCCCGUAGGCGGAGACCUUACCGCCCUUGGAGUCGCUGGGGCCUGCCCUUUCUUCUUCCCCGUCACCCUGCCCGCCACGAGAAUGAGCUCGGCCGGGGUCCCCUCCUUCGAGAAGGAGCAUUUCUGGAUGUAUCUGCAGGCGCUCGGCUUCGAGCCGGGCCCGGCGACCAUUGCCUCAGGAAAAAUUGUGUCGCUCACGCACUUCGGACCGAAUAUGUUUGAUAAGCUGAACCGUGAUGCCUUUCACAUAGUUUCCUAUUUCUUGUUUCAAACGCUGGACCAGUCUCUUACCAAAGAACUUUUCAAAUUUUGUUGGCCUCCAUUUGACCACAAACGUGAUGCGGAAUACCGGAAACAUUGUUGCGAGUGGUUAAAGAAAAUUUCUGCUGAGUGUGGAGGUAGCUUCCCUCAAGUUGUCGGUUCCCUGUUUAUGUCUCCUGGUGGUCCGAAGUUUGUCCAUCUGAUGUAUCACUUUGCAAAAUACGUGGCAAUAAAAUAUGUUAAAACUUGUUCUAAAAUUGCAGAUUCUCAGGUAUACUUUACGGAUACAUUUAAUGUGAAGCAACAAAAUUUGCACAAAUGCAUUGCCAGAUGUCAUAUAGCCCGUAACAGAUUUUUCCAAAUUUUGCAAAGACAGGAUUGUGUGACCCGAAAAUAUCAAGAAAACGCACAAUUGUCUGUUAAGCGAUUACGAGAAUUGAGAGCAGAAUGUGUAGUACUGCAAAACCACCUUAAAAAAAUGGAACCCUAUGAGGACCAAAGUAAUCUACAAGAGAAAGUUCAAAAGGUUCGGUCAUUGUGGGCCUUAGUGAAUGAAAUGAUCGUGUUUUUGGAAAGAGAGAGAGAAGUGGUUGGUUCGGUUCUUAACCUUGUUAACCAGUACUCUUUAGAUGGAACUGAUAUGUCCGUUAGUAUCCCAAGGCUUUUACUCGAUACAAUUGAAAAGCAAGUGUGUCAGUUGCACAUAGGAAAUGUCUAUGAGGCUGGGAAGUUGAACCUCUUAACGAUUAUUCAGUUAUUAAAUGAAGUAUUGAAAAUAAUGAAAUCUGAACAGUGUCAGGCUGAUCAAGCAAGACUAUCAAUAGAUGUUCACUACCUUGAAAAUGAGACCAAAUUUCAGAGAAAAAGAUUAUCAGAUCUGAAGCAAACAAGGUGUAAAAUAAAAGAGAAUCUCACGACCAUAAGACAGUCUAUUCUUGAGAAACAAGGAGACUGGCAUAAAAAGUGGAAAGAAUUUCUUGGUCUGUCUCCUUUCAAUCUGAUUACAAGCGUUACCCCAGCUGUGGAUCUUUUGCCACCCAUGUCUCCCUUGUCCUUUGAUCCUGCCUCAGAAGAAGCCUAUGCAACGAGUAUUCUUUUUAAGUAUCCUGCUUCACUUCCAGAUACACCUAAGCAAUGUAAACAAGAAAAUGAUUCCAGAAGAGAGAGUGAUACUUGGAGAGCUGUAAAUGAGGUAGCCCAGAGCCCCGCCUUCUUUCUGUGGCAGCCAGCUUCAUUGUCAGAUAGAAACAGUGUUAAGCAUCUUGAAAAGGAUAUGAAGAUGAGGCCUUCAUUAAUGACAGAGGGAACAAUCAGUAAGAAAACACGAGAAUCUGCAGUGGAAGACUCCCCGUCCACAGAUGCUGCAAAGGACGCAGGGAGGAGUGCGGCUGGGGGGUGUCUGCCAGCCAGAAGAAGCGAUCCAUUCCAAAAAGAGCAAGAUCAUUUGGUAGACGAGGUUGCUAGGGCAGUUUUAUCUGAUUCGCCAAAACUUUCUGAAGGAAAGGAAGUAAAACUGGAGGAAUUAAUUGACUCUCUGGUUUCUAACCCAUUCUUAACAAGGAAGCAAAUUCCCCGAACUCCAGAAACGCUGAUAAGUGAAAUUAGAAGCUCAUGGAGAAAAGCUGUUGAAAUAGAAGAUGACAGAAGGUCAGAACCAGUUCAGAUGGAUAUUGAGCACAGAGAAAUUUUGCCAGAAUCCUUCCCUGUGUUGCACGAUCAAACAGAAUUUAGCAUGGCCAGUUUUCUCUCAACAACUGCUGCAUCGGAUUUUAGCCCAUCUCAUUUGCCUGAAAAAAAAGUUGUUUCGGAUUGCUUCAAACACGUGUCUGAGAAACACAUGGCAGCCAGCCAGGCAGGUGACCCUGAAACACAGAGUCAGUCAGCUUUGUUAAAUAAGAACAAAAGUUGCGAGCAAGAUUUGGAAGAUAUAGCUUUACAGACCCAGCUUUCAGAAGCGUGUCAAACAGAGGCGUUCUCCCCCGCGCUGCACAGCAGGCUAAGUGUGCUGCUGCGAGGCAGCAAAGAGGAGCAUGCUGAAACACCAGACCACCUGCAAACUUCUUAUAAAGAACCUUCCAUGCAAAAAACGGCAUUAUGGAACUCUUUUCAGGUAUCAAGUGGAUUUAGUUCAAAGAGUUUUGAGGAUACUGGUUUUGGCAUAUUACACGAAACUCUUCCAGGAGAAGUUGGUCACCUAAGUCUCAAUAGCUCCAAUAAUACAGAGUUCAAUUUUGAGCUGCAGCCAAAUAGUCCUGUGCCCAGUGGUCUUUGUCUAGAAGAUGUGGGAGAAAUAUAUACUACUCCAAGAUCAGACUUCAGUUUUCAGGCCCUUUGCAGUCGAUAUGAGGCUCUGAAAAAGUCUCUUUCUAAGAAAAAGGAAGAAUCUGAUCUUUCUAUACCUGGAACUCUUGAAAGACACAAACCAGAAUUGCGUCUUGCUCCUAAUAACAAGCAAACAGACAAAAUGUUUUUGGACACUCAUCACUCACACGUGGACUCUCCAAAACCAUCUGUAUGCAUGGCCCUUGGUGAAAGGAAGCGGUCUCUUUCACCUCUAAUUAAGUUUUCUCCAGAGGAGCCAAGAAUCAGGACUGCGAUACCAUGUAGUCUUGGAGAGCUUCUACCUAAUUUAAAAGAAGAAGAAAUUGAGAGAAAGAACCCUGAUGCAGAAAAGCUCCCGCUGAAUUGAAAAGAUGAAACAAUUGAACUCAGGUGCACUUAGUUUGAAGUUAUGCCACAGACUGGAAACUUAGGUGUACAUUGGGAAUGUGACCCUUUUUUUCAAAGCCUAAAGGAUCUUAAAUGUCUUUUCCCCUCCUGUAAUAUUUUUAGAUAAGGAAAGCAUGCUUAGAUCGUCUCCAUUUAUAGUGGGAACAUGGGGUUGACAUGUUAGUGUUUGGAAAGCCAAGGAGAGUUGUGUGGAGACAUUGUGAGAUUUUGAGUUAUGUAAGCAUUGAGUAAAUGGCUACAGUUGUACUUUGUUAAAAUCUCAGUUUAUUAAACAUAAGGAUGAGCGGUUUUUUAUGUCCUCUCCUUAAGUGGUUAGUGUAAUAGCCAAUGAUCUUUCCUUUUAGAGAAAUAUGUAACUUGUUUCUUUAUGGAACAUUCUGGUACUAACAGAAAAUAAGAAAAGUGUAGUGUAGUCAAGAGAAGAAACUUACUUGUGAGUGGAAAGCUCUAAAGGGCUUCGUGCUUAGUGAAGGGGAUGGAUUCUGAGAAGUGAUGCUCGAUGGACAAAGUGCAUGUGAUGAUAGUGAAGCUGGCUAGAGGAUAGAUACAGCAAGAAAAAGGAAAAUGGGGUGAUGACGACACUUUUAAUGAACACUUAUAAAUCCAUUCAGUGGGUUAUACGAUAGGUUUAUAUUUGGUCUAAUUUAGACUUUUGAUAAUUUAAUCUGUUUUAUAUUUUAACAGAAAAAUAAAAUAAUUACUAGUUUGUG